AAUUUACAUGCAUGAUUUUGUUUUUUUUCUGGUAUAAAACAAUGCCAGUCAGUAUCAACGGAUAUAUUUUGUUCAUACUGCAUGUAAUCACUUACGUUUAGUUCAAUUUCGAGGAUAUAGAGCUCUACUAAAAUUAUUCAAUUUAUUGUUGAUAAAUGGCCUAUAAACUUGAUUGUUAAUCGAUGCUGAAGUAAUCAUUUAAAGAUGGCAUACAGAGUAGUGUCUCACUUGAUGAGACAGACAGGCCGAUUAACAGGAGCCCGUCAAAAUUCUUACCUCAGAAUAAGCAGAACUGCAGCUGUAAAUACAGAUAUAUCCCGGUCAUUCACAAGUCAGACUGAUGUUUUGGAACAGCGAACCAAUCUGAGACAUAGAGCUACAGUAAAGAGUGUCCGGACACAACAGUCAGUGGGACAUAACAAGAAAGCAUCUCUUGUUAUAUUUGAUAAAGAUGGAACUCUUAUAUGUUUCCACUCUAUGUGGUAUCCAUGGUUGAAAAGAUUUAGUGCAAAAUUGUGUGCAGCUACUGGUAUGGAUCUAGAAGAAAAAUUAUACGAUCUACUAGGAUACUGCUCCAUCAGCAAGAAGUUCAAUCCUGGCUUAUUGGCCGAGUCCACUAAGCCAAUCAUACAAGUUGAACUUACCAACUUCCUGCAGGAACAAGGUUUCAAGCAAGAAGAGGCUAGACAAAUCAUAGAGGAUAUCUGGGAAGAAGGCGACUCUAGUAGCGAGGAAACUCUGAAAUCUCUGGCGAAUCUACAAACUUUGUUUAAAAUUCUCAAGUCAAACGGAGUGAAGAUAGCAAUUUCAACUUCUGAUUCAAGGGAGGGAACUCUGGAAACAUUAAAAGAAUUGAGUUUAGAAAAAUACAUUGAUAUGGUGGUUUGCGGUGACGAUGCAGAUACGGAGCCAAAACCAAGUCCAUACUCGGCAUUCAAGAUCUGUAAUAAACUUGGUGUAGAUCCUGCAGAUACGGUGAUGGUUGGGGAUACACAGGCAGAUGUUGGUAUGGGAAAGGCAGCAAAUAUUGGAUGGAAUGUGGGCGUGUUGAGUGGUGUGGGAAACAGCACAGAUCUGUUACCAGAAGCUGAUCAUGUAAUACACAGUGUCAAAGAUUUGUUGCCCCUCAUACUACCUGGAUCAGAUUGGAAACAGUACUAUAGAUAUAGUCAUGUAGAGAGAAUCAUGGUAGAGCCACAUGACUUAGAGGAGGGACAGUGUCAGAUGAAGGGAGUAGAGCCUGUAGUGAAAAAUGGUGUGAAAGUUGUAAUAUUUGACCUCCAUGGUACCUUGCUGUGUUCUCAUAGUAGAUAUAGUGAAUGGCUAGACACUCUGUGUACAAGAAUGGAACAGAUUACAGGAUUAAAGCUAAAAACAGAACUUUACGAAACUCUAGGAGUGUGUACAGAUUCUAAGAAAGUUAAAAUGGGUAUAUUAGGAGAUGGUACACCAACUCAAGUGAAAUCAAAACUGACAGAAAUCUUGCUAAAGAAUGGUCUUACAUAUGAAGAGUCCAUGCUUAUGGUUAAUCAGACCUGGAAAGAAUGCAAUCAUUUACUGGAAUCUAACACAAUAUCUAGUGAUACAAGAGUUGAAGAACUUUUCCAGAACCUGAAACAAAAUAACGUCAAAAUUGCUGUUAAUACAACAGACUUCAGGGAGUAUGCCCUCUCAGAUUUAGAUUCUCUUGGAUUAUUAAAGUAUGUAGAUAUAAUGGUGUGUGGUGACGACCCUAUUUCUCAAGCGAAACCCUCGCCACAUAAUGUUCUGUUAAUAUGUAAUGAAUUUAAUACAAGCCCUGAUCAAACUGUCAUCAUAGGAGAUUCAUUAACUGAUUUACAGAUGGCAGAAAAAGCUAAAGUGUUUAGGAAAAUAGGUGUUUUGACUGGUGUAGGAGACAAAGAAACUUUAGAGAAACACGCUGAUUAUGUGGUUCCAUCAGUUGGCUAUGUUAGCAAGUAUCUAUUUAAUGACAUCAGCGAAAAUCUGCAACAAAAUCAACACCGAUCUUUUAGCACUAUGUCAAAUUUAAAAAAACCCGGAUUUCUCAAAUCUGCUGUGAACAAUUUUAUUAAAAGUGGGCAGAGAUAUAAUUUUAGUACAUCAUCAUCAUAUAAUGUUAGUGUAUCUUCAGAUGUGCCAUCAUAUGAUUAUAUAGUGGUGGGGGCUGGGUCGGCUGGGUGUGUUCUAGCUAAUAGGUUAACAGAGAGUGGACAGGACAAAGUUUUAUUAAUGGAGGCCGGACCGAAAGAUUUCUCGUGGAAAAUCUGGAUGCCAGCAGCUCUCAUGUAUAAUUUGUGUGAUGAUAACUACAACUGGUUUUACCACACGGAGCCGGAACCAUCUAUGAACAAUCGUGUAAUGUACUGGCCACGUGGCCGUGUAUGGGGAGGAUCUUCAUCUCUCAAUGCCAUGGUUUACAUCCGUGGACACGCUUUUGAUUAUGAUCGUUGGGAAAAGGAGGGUGCUACUAAUUGGUCGUAUGCAAAUUGUUUACCAUAUUUUCGAAAGGCACAAACCCAUGAGCUGGGGGAGAAUGAUUACAGAGGGGGAAGUGGACCAUUGCAUGUAUCUCGUGGUAAAACUGACAACCCAUUACAUCAUGCUUUUAUUAAAGCUGGUCAAGAAGCCGGUUACCCUUUCACUGAUGAUAUGAAUGGGUACCAGCAAGAAGGUGUAGGCUGGAUGGACAUGACAAUACAUAAAGGUAUGAGAUGGAGUGCUGCUGCAGGAUACCUUCAUCCAAUCAGGAAGACGAGAUCAAAUUUAGAAACAAAAGUGAAGGUUUUGACAACCAAAGUACUUUUCGAUAAGAACAAAGCUGUUGGGAUUGAAUAUGAGGAAAACGGGGAAAUUAAAAGAGCUAUGGCAAAUAAAGAAGUAAUUCUGAGUGGUGGUGCAAUAAAUUCACCACAACUUUUGAUGCUGUCUGGUGUAGGAAAUGCAGAUGAUUUGAAAAAGCUGAAUAUUCCAGUGGUAGCAAAUCUGCCAGGGGUUGGAGAAAACCUACAGGAUCAUUUGGAAAUGUACAUUCAGUACAAGUGCUUGAAACCAAUCACUCUCUACAUAGCACAGUGGAAGUUUCCCCAUCAUAUGAUUAGAAUAGGUCUGCAGUGGUUCCUCACUCAGACAGGCUGGGGGGCUACAGCCCAUCUAGAAUCUGGUGGUUUUAUCCGCAGUCGACCGGGUGUUGAACAUCCCGACCUUCAGAUUCAUUUUCUACCAUCUGUUGUUAAUGACCAUGGAAGGAAAACUGGCGAGUGUCAUGCUUUCCAGUUCCAUAUUGGUUCAAUGCGGCCAACUAGUAGGGGAUACCUUAAACUUAAAACCAAUAACCCAAAGGACCAUCCAAAAAUUGUGGCCAAUUACCUCACUACAGAACAGGAUAUGCAAGAAAUGAGAGAUGGCAUCACUUUAUCACGGGAAAUGUUUGCACAGAAAGCAUUUGAUGAAUUUCGAGGUGAAGAACUUCAACCAGGACCUCAAGUUCAAACCAAAGAGCAAAUGGAUGAGUUUAUACGUAAUGUAGCUGACAGUGCCUAUCAUCCAUCUUGUACAUGUAAAAUGGGUCAGCCAAGUGACCAGAUGGCAGUUGUUGACCCAGAGACAAAAGUCAUUGGCUUGGAAAAUCUGCGUGUGGUGGAUGCUUCUAUAAUGCCAAGUGUUGUUAGUGGAAACCUGAAUGGACCAACAAUUAUGGUCGCUGAAAAAGCAGCAGAUAUUAUUAGAGGUGUGCAACCAUUACCUAAAUCAACUGCUCCUGUUUAUAGGCCUAAAACAUUGGAUACACAGAGAUAAUAAUGAUGUUACAUGUCUCACACCUGACUUGCGUUACUUUGCUAUUGUAUCACUAGUGAAGACAACAUAUAUACCAAAUGUUUAAUGAUGAAAUUGUAACAGUUUAACCUAGGGUUUGAAUUAACAGUGCUAAUAUUCAAUAAACAUACAUGAGUAUAGAAAAUUAUGCUGCAAUGUACAUGUAUCACUCACCAGUAACUUGCUUUCUGAUUUCUGUGAAAUUAUGUCAGUGCUCCAUAGCACAUAUCUCUUUCAGUUUACUUCUGAAAUGUACUGAAAUAUUGUUAGUUAAUAUUAUCAGUGUAAACUUGCAAACUAUUGCAGACUGUUAUGUGAUGUUUAAAUUUUUUUAUUUGAUUUGAUUUGAUGUUUUGUGUGCAUUAUUUGUUUACAACAUUGUGAUAACUAACUUGAUGUAAGUAAUAUAUAUGUAUGUAUUUGUGAUAAAUGAUAGUCUGAAUGUUGUUUCAUGCUUCAUAUAGCAGUAAAAGUUACAGACCAUAGACAUGUCUGUAGGCUUGCCCUUUCUAUAGAGAGUGUUGUACAUGUUUGAUGAAUGUGUUGUUUUUGAUAUAUUAAUGUUUUAUUUAUAGAGGUCUUCAAUUAGAUGUUUUCACGAGUUUAGUUCAAAUUUACAAGAGAUUUAAAUGACUUUACAUGUAAUGUAUGUCAUGAAUUAUGUCCAGAAAUAAUUUGUUUAAUACCAGAUCUCAUUUGUGUUGAUUAUUUUCCUAAGAUUUUUUUUUGUGGUAGAAAGUUGAAUGCAAGGACUAUGCAUCAUAAAAACAUUAUUUGUUUAAAUUAUUUUAUUACAUCACAUCUUAAGUUAUCUACAUUUUGUUCUGCUUACUUGUCAGUGAUUUUAUAAAGUGAUAUCAUAAUCACUGCUUAGGAUAUGUUAUUUCGAUUCUAUCACCAUAUAAACAAAUAAAUACUGCGGUUCUUGAUAUCAUGCUACAUUGUUCCUGAUUUGUCUCCAUACUUAUUUUUAGCACAUACUUGUUUUCAGCAGACACAUUUUGAAUGGUUAUGUCACAUGUCCAAAAGAAUUGUUUAUAAUUUGAGCCGCGUCAUGACAAAACCAACAUAAUGCGUUUGCGACCAGCCUGCGCGUCCGCACAGUCUGAUCAGGAUCCAUGCUGUUCGCUACCAGUUUCUCUAUUUGUAAUACAGUUUGUAAGCGAACAGCAUGGAUCCUGAUCAGACUGCGUGGACGCGCAGGCUGGUCUGGAUCCAUGCUGGUCGCAAAUGCGUUAUGUUGGUUUUGUCAUGAUGUGGUUCAAUUUUGAUACUUGUUGUUGUUAUUGUUUUCACUUUUAUUUGCUUUAUUAUACACUUAGUCAGCAAAUUUAAAGAAAUUUAAGUAUUUACUAUUUAACUUAACUAAGUUAUCUGUAGAUGAAUAAAUUUAGUUUAGAUAGAAAGAUUUUUCUUAAUAAAAUUGUUAAUGUAUUGUUUGCAUUUGAAUUGCACUUUAUGAUUAUAAAGAAAAAGUUGUCAUUAUCAACUUUACUGCAUUAUUUAUUGAAAUUUACCAGUAUGUCUUUUUAUGCUUUGUAUAGCAGCAGAAAUUACAGUUUUGUUAAUAAGUAGUUUUACUAAUCUGAAAUAUAACAGGACAAAGCCAAGCUCUGGCUUCCAAAACUUUUCAUGCAACUGUUGUGAUAAAUGUCCUAUGAUAAUAUUAUCACUAUAAGUAACUUGAUUAUGUGAAUUCUUAUUUAAGUACAUUCAAUACCAACAUUUCUUUAAUAAAAAAAGAUCAUGUUAAUGCUGUAUCAUUAAUGUACUUUCUGGUUAGUUAGCAAUGAUUGCUUUGUAGAAAUUAGUACAGUGUUUUUGAUUAUUUAAUCAGAGCUUAUAAGUUCAGAUUCAAGUUGAAUUGUAAUGAAAAGAGUUCCUGUAUCAGGAUUAUUUGUGCAUAAUAAAUAUUGAAAUAAGUGACUGUCAUGCUAUAGUGUACAUGUUACUGCAUUAAUUCUAAACAAAUGUUCAUGGGAAAAGAGAUUGUUUCUUUAUGUUUAGAUAUACUUGAUAUUUUCUGAAUCACAUUAAACAAGUUUGCAUCAAUUUUGAGUUAUGUGAAGUUUAAAUGAAUAUUUCACAGACAUGCGGUUGAUUUUUGAAAUCAAUUAAUUAGUUACUGAAAAGAAGUCACAUCAUGUAUUUUUUUUCAUCAAAAUAUUUUGAUGUUUUUGAAGCAAUCUUUGUUAUGAAUGGAAGGAAAAUAAUUUUGUGAUAAAUACAUGUUAUGUUAAUGCCACCAUAUACAUUUGUAUACUUAUUGUGAUAACAUAAUAAUUGCUCCACAUUGUGAAUGUUUGAUUUUGUUUUAUAUGUUAAUGAGAACUAUAUUAUGAUGAGAUGAUGAUAUUAUUUCAUUUGGGUUUAUCUUUCAGAGAGAAAUAUCCACAAUAAAUGGGAAAUGAAUAAAGA